AUGCCAAAUCUCACAGCAAGGUGCAAAGCGGUAAGCUCCCGUCGCCGCGCCGGUCGCACCACUCCAGCACCGCUUUCACCACACUCUGGUGGCUGCGGUCACCGCCGUAUGCAGGAGGCCGCGCUGGCGCAAGUCGGCGGUAAACAAGUCCGCUCCGAGGUCCAGAAGAGCGAGGGUGGCGUCGACAUUACCACCGUCGACGACGCGGUGCAGCGGGGUCAGCCCCGCUGGCCCGCUGCGCACUUCGAGUUUGGCCCCGGCUCCGACAAGGAGGCGCGCCAUAUCGAGAUUGCUGGAGAGAAUGGCUGUCAGCAGCGGGCUGCACUUCUUGAGGGCGACGGAUGCCACUGCUGA